AUAUAAAUCCCGAGCCUGCGGACGAAUCUGAGUCUGAAGAUGAAGAUGUGCCUGAAGACCCGGAUGAGUCUGAAGACGAACAAGCGAUGGAGUUAUAUGAUGUUAGACCCGAUGGUUUCCUUCCCCUAGUCAAUGGGAACCCUCAAGUACCCGAACCAUUUACCUCUUGCAAGCCCGGACCUCCCAGGGACCCCUGCAUAAGAGUGAUGGACCUCAAGGAAAAGGACCUCAAGCUUGUUUGUAAAGUCGGCUCUUGCAAGUUCGUGAUUAAAAACGGGGACAUAAAAGAGUGGUUUGUAGACGGAAAGAAUGACGCUAUUGUAGUUCCUGUUGGAGGUCAGAUACACAGAGAAAUAUGUAUUGCUACUGGUUUCUUUACUGGCUUGGAUAUCAUCCCUUCAGGAGGACUGCCAGCACCUAAAAUCAUUGUUAUUCAAGGCCCAAAAUACUACAAAGACAGGGACAUGGAAGCUGCUGAGUAUCUUGGUCUCACUUACAGGAACGCUAUAACACUUGCUUGCAAGGAGGGCGUUAAGCACAUAGCGUUCCCAGCUAUCUUGUGCGGAUAUGGCGGGUUUCCUCUGGAUAAAGCGGCAAGGAUUGCUGUAGAAAGCGUACAAAAGGCACUCAAAAUUGCUAAAGUGUCCAUUGAGGUUCACUUUGUCAUAAAGGACGAACCCACCUGGAGAGACUGGGUAGCUGCAACAGACCUCCUUGCAUUUAAGGAUUAUGAUCGUUACAUAUCUUGUCGGUGCAACAGACCUCCCUUUCCAGUCACUUCUGAAGGCAUUCCAACUUUUUUUAGCUGUGAUUGAGAAUAGGUCAUCAUUGUCUCGC